AUGCAGGUACUCGCAUUGGUAUUUGUCCUAAUUGGUUCUACUUUCGCCUGUAAGACGUGGCCCAAUGGAACUGAUACCACCUUCCACUGGUACCAGUGCAACAAUGGACCGGUAAUGUUCUACAAUGCUACUCCAUACGAUGAGACAGGCAAAAACUUCGAAUAUCCAAUCCAUCUCGGAAAACCUAUCAUGAUGAAAUGCGACAUUUUAAAUCCCACACACGUGUACUCUUCGCCAAAUCUCAUGCUCACCAUCAAUCUCUGGUCGUGGGGAACAUCGCUCGGCACCUGUGCAUGGACUUCAUUGCCAACACUGGGACUGUUGAGUAACUUGGAUGCAUGCACUCAUGGUGUUCCAUGUCCGGUCCAACUUGGCCGACAGGAACUGGACGUAAUGGUUGACUUCACCAAGUACGAAGCCAUUAUAAAUAUGUUGAAAGACGAUUCACCGUAUCAACUGGAAUACGCAAUGCACGAUAAAGCCACUAAGGACAAUAUCUGCUUCAUGGCACAAGCUAGAGCGAGACUGAAUUGA